AUGGAGGCUAAUUCUUCCAGGCUGGGUAUUUCCCCAGCAUGGUCUUAACCACCGUUGUGUCCCAUGGAUGCGGUCAGGCAUUGCUGCAACCGGCCAGGUCCGGCCAUGACCGUUACAGUCGAGCUCUAUAACUAGAUCAAGCCAUGUCUACAACUCACCACCCACAAAGUCUAUCCCGACGAUCCUGACAAUCCCAUGCCCCGACCCGUCGGCACCACCCCAUCACGUCAUCCCGAUGAUGCCUUGCCCAUCCGGAACCAACCAACUCCCAAGUCGCAGACAUCAAGACCUGGCCCGGUCAGGGCCAGGGUCCACUGGCGCUGCCCCAUGCGGGGGUCUCCCCAGAUGAUCGCGCGCUUCGGCCAUCUUCUUUCAAACAGAUCUUCGCUCGGCCGUCGCGCGGCGGCUGUGAUUGCACGGUCGACUCGACGCGACCCGUCUGACUGCAUUGACUUUGUCAGUCAAUAUACACAUAUUCUCUCCUGUUAGCUGUCUCUGGCCGUGUGUCACACGCGCAAGCUAUCACGCAACAGAGAGAAGACCGGUCUGGUCUGUUGCUUGCUUUUCUCGACCUU